AUGAAUAACGAAAUAUCGGAGGAUGAGGAUUUUGUUGAACUUAUAAACUUUCUUGCGAAUGAACAUCGAAUACCAAGAAUAUUCAGGCAGCGUCCAGAUUAUUUUCAAUGUCUUCGUGAUUUUGAGUUUGUAGAAAGGUUUCGUCUAUCAAAACCAGCAGUAUUGUAUGUACAUGAUCUAAUUCGACCAGAAAUUGAACAUCCAACAGACAGGAACUUUGCCGUUACAUCAAGACAAAUAAUACUAAUGACUUUGAGGUAUUUUGCGUCAGGUUCGUUUUUGGUUGUGUGUGGUAAUUUUGUGGGGGUGCAUAAAUCAACUGCUUCAAGAACUAUAACACGUGUAUCAAGAGCUAUAGCUAGACUUUGUUCUAAGUUUAUUAGGUUCCCUGAGACAGAAGAAGAAAUUUCAGUAACUAGGCAAGAGUUCUAUGCAAAAUGUAAAUUCCCAAGGUGCAUUGGUGUUAUUGAUUGCACCCAUAUCAAAAUUAGAUCACCUGGAGGGGAGGAUGCAGAAAUAUAUCGACAUCGAAAACAAUACUUCUCUUUUAAUGUCCAGGCAAUAUGUAAUUCAAAUCUUAAAUUUAUGAACAAUGUAGCAAGAUGGCAAGGUAGUGCUCACGAUUCAACAAUUUUUAACAACUCCGCAAUACGAGGAAAAUUUGAGAGAUGA